AUGGAUGCAUCAAGAGAACCAAAGGGAAUUGUGAAACAAAUGUCAUUUGGGAAGAGAAAAUGGCCCAAGAUAAACAAAAAAUUUGUCUUUAUUAGUUUCCUUAUGCAUUUUUUCUGUAUUUUUGCACCGUUUCAAAUUAAUUUCGGUGCAAUUUCGAUUUGUAUUGCUUUAUAUAUUAUUACAGGUCUUUUUGGGAUCACUAUUUCAUAUCAUCGAAAUCUUACCCAUAAGAGUUUUAAAGUUCCCAAAUGGCUUGAAUAUUUGUUUGCUUAUUGUGGAGUUCAUGCUCUUCAGGAUGAUCCAAUUUCUUGGGUGAGCACACAUAGAUAUCAUCAUCAAUACGUUGAUACUGCAAAAGAUCCACAUAGUCCGAUUAAAGGAUUUUGGUUUAGUUACCUUACCUGGUAUUUUCAUAAGAGGGAUCAAAGCGUUAGUGAAAAUACUACCGAUUUGGAGAAGCAAACAUUCUAUAGGUUUCUUCGCAAAACAUAUUUACUUCAUCCCAUUGCUCUUGCAGCCCUACUUUAUAGCAUUGGAGGCCCUCCAUUCCUCAUUUGGGGAAUGUGUGUGAGAAUUGUAAUGGUUUUACACAUAACAUUCUUAGUGAAUUCAGUAUGCCAUAUGUGGGGAAAGCAACCAUGGAAAAUAAACGACUUAUCUAGAAACAAUUGGUUGGUAAGUUUGGUUGCAUUUGGAGAAGGUUGGCACAAUAACCACCAUGCCUUUGAAUAUUCAGCUAGGUUGGGCAUUGAAUGGUGGCAAUAUGAUCCCGGUUGGUAUGUUAUUAGGGUUCUUGAAGCCAUUGGAGUGGCUACUCAUGUCAAAUUGCCAUCUCAAACCCAUAUGCAAAAGUUGGCCACUGAUUAACUAAGAGAAGCCUUUCUUUAAGUGAUGUAUUACAUGGAAAUAAUUAUGCUUCUAAAAAUAAUGUGGAAUAAUGUGAAAUAAAAGAAAUGCCAAUAUAAAUUGUUGC